CCCCUUCCAACGAGCACGUUCCCCGUCCUCCUCCUCCGCCCCACCUCGCGUGGCACGCCCAUGGCCUUCUCCCCGCGCUCGCCGUGGUCGCGCUCCAGGAAGCCCGACGUGUACUCCACCGUCGUCGUCCACGGGGACGACGACGACGACGACGCCCGCGGCGGCGGCGGCGGCGGCCGCCAUGCCCUCGCGGAGGAUGACGAGGAGGAGGACCCGUCGUCGCUGCCCCCGCUCCUCCAGCGCCUCCCCAAGGACUUCGGCGGCGGAGCCUCCUUCGACGAGUACGACGACCCCUACUCGUCGGACCUCGACGACGCCUCGCUCUCCGCCACCGUCGUCGUCAAGCGCGGCGCCCCCGCCUCCACCUCGGCCUCCUCCCGAUCCCCGUUCCUGGAUCUGCGCCGCUCCAGCCCCCGUGCCGCCGAGGUCGACCCGUACUCCACCUUCGUGGUACACGGCACCGCCCGCUCCGGCGGCGCCUCCAGCCCGCGGGAAUCCGCCUCCGGCACAUUCGUCCGCCGCUCCGGUGGUUCCUCCAGCCCCCGCGAGUCCGUGUCCGGCACAUUCAUCCGCCGCACGGGCAGCCCCUCCAGCCCCCACGAGUCGAUCUCCGGCACCUUCAUCCACCACACCAGCGGCGCCUCUAGCCCCCGCGACACUGCCCAGGGUGGCGGAGGGUUUGGUUCCUCGUUCUGGAGCCCUGCGGUGGGGCAGUCCGAGGAGCUCCGGCAACCGGCGCUUCUUGUGCAGCAGCAGCACCAGCAACAGCAGAAUUCGAGGCGGAAACCAUCGGUGAGCUCUGUGCCGGAGAGUGUUACCAGGGAGGAUCCUUCCACUAAGUAUGAGCUGCUCCAUGAGCUUGGUAAAGGUUCCUAUGGUGCAGUGUACAAAGCAAGGGAUCUCAGAACACAGGAGCUUGUGGCUAUCAAGAUCAUCUCCUUGACAGAAGGGGAAGAAGGAUAUGAAGACAUACGGGGAGAAAUUGAGAUGCUGCAGCAAUGCAGCCAUCCGAAUGUCGUCCGCUACUUCGGGAGCUACCAAGGAGAAGAAUACCUUUGGAUAGUUAUGGAAUACUGUGGUGGUGGAAGCGUUGCUGAUUUGAUAGGCAUAACAGAGGAGCCUCUUGAUGAAUCCCAAAUAGCUUAUAUAUGUAGAGAAGCACUAAAGGGUCUUGCUUACUUGCAUUCAAUUUUUAAAGUUCAUAGAGAUAUUAAGGGUGGCAAUAUUCUGCUAACUGAGCAAGGAGAGGUGAAGUUGGGCGAUUUUGGGGUAGCUGCCCAGCUGACGAGAACCAUGUCAAAGCGCAACACGUUCAUUGGCACUCCACAUUGGAUGGCACCUGAGGUUAUUCAAGAAAGUCGCUAUGAUGGAAAGGUGGAUGUGUGGGCAUUAGGUGUAUCUGCAAUUGAAAUGGCAGAGGGUAUGCCACCGAGAUCCACCGUGCAUCCAAUGAGAGUGAUCUUUAUGAUAUCUAGUGAACCCGCACCAAUGCUCGAGGAUAAGGAGAAGUGGUCCCUUCUUUUCCAUGAUUUUAUUGCCAAGUGCUUAACAAAAGAUCCAAGACUUCGCCCAGCUGCAAGUGAGAUGCUGAAGCACAAGUUUAUUGAAAAAUGCAACCCUGGAGCUUCGAAAAUGUUGGCAAAAAUCAAGGAAGCAAAGAAGAUCAGAGCAAAAGUAGCUGCGGAGACCGAGCUAUCUGGCCCUGACAGUGAUGCAACUGUUCGAAUUAAUGAUGACUUUGGAGAAACUGUUCCUACAAACCCUCAGCAACAAACAAAUCACGAAACAUAUGAUGGUGGGGCAGGUGAUUUUGGUACAAUGAUAGUUCAUCCUGAAGACGGCGACGAAGUUGAUGAAUCACCCAUCUUCCCAAGUUCAGAAUUCAUACCAGGCCUUGGGAGCAUAAACUCUUUCACACAUGAUCCAAAGAGGGCCGAGCUUAUUUCAAAUUUUUGGGCGGAGAACACAGCUGAUAUUGAAGCCAAUAAAGAGCAAUAUCUAGAUGAACAUCCUGAUAUGCAGGAAGCAAAAACAAUGCCACCUUCAACUGGAACGGUUAAAAAGCUUAAAGUUGCAGAAGGGACUAUGCCACGCCAUGGUAAUCAAGUUAGCUCUGCCUCACCAGGUGUUGCUAGCACAAUGACCAAAUUAAACAGCAGCCCCAGCCGUAAAGCAUUCUCAGUUCAGGAUAAGCUCUGGUCAAUUUAUGCUGCGGGCAACACCGUUCCUAUACCAUUCCUCAAGGCAAUUGACAUUUCACCACUAGCUCUAGUAUCAGAUAGUGUAGUAGGAAAUGGCCUAGCUGGGUCAAAUAGAACUGAUGCAUUGGAGGCAGUUAGGGAGCUUUUCAGUGGUGAUGGGCAGACAAAGAAAGGGCGCAAAGGGCAAAAUGAGGUUCCUCUUCCUCCUGGGGUGCACCACAGAUUGACCACAAGUCCCACAUUGAUGAACCUGGCCCAAGCCCUUGCUUACCACAAAACGUGUUACGAGGACAUGCCUCUGCAAGAUUCGCAAGCAACGCAAGAGCAGCAGACAAUACAGAACCUUUGUGAUACACUUCGAACCAUCCUGAGACUCUAGUCUGUGGACAUGCAUGAGUAAAAGAUACGACCUUGGAGCAUUUCGAACAUCGAAAUGCUGCGCCGAGAGACGUCGAGGGCGCUCUCCGAUCUCGAGGAGGGGAGCAACGUCCAGCCGGAGAACGUCGGGUUCUGCCGCGUCAUCAAGUUGGCGAGGCAUGACGCGGGGAAGCUGGUUAUUGCCACCAUGGCGCUGCUCGUCGCUUCGCUCAGUAACAUUCUCGUUCCGAAAUAUGGUGGAAAGAUAAUUGACAUUGUUUCAAGAGAUGUUCGGCGUCCAGAAGAUAAAGCUCAAGCCCUAGAUGAUGUGACGGGCACAAUAUUGUAUAUUGUCAUAAUCGUCGUAACUGGUUCAGUUUGCACAGCGCUUCGGGCAUGGCUAUUCAAUUCUGCUAGUGAGAGAGUAGUUGCUCGACUGAGGAAGGACUUGUUUAGUCAUCUAGUAAAUCAGGAAAUAGCAUUUUUUGAUGUCACUAGAACAGGAGAGCUAUUAAGCAGGCUUUCUGAAGAUACGCAAAUAAUAAAGAAUGCUGCUACAACUAACCUUUCAGAAGCAUUGCGCAAUAUUACUACUACGUCUAUUGGUCUUGGUUUUAUGUUUGCAACUUCAUGGAAAUUAACAUUGCUGGCACUUGUAAUUGUUCCGGUUAUAUCAAUUGCUGUGCGCAAAUUUGGACGCUUUCUUCGUGAACUUUCACAUCAGACACAGGCAGCAGCUGCUGUUGCUUCAUCCAUAGCCGAGGAAUCUUUUGGUGCCAUUCGCACAGUAAGAUCGUUUGCUCAGGAGAGUCAUGAAGUCUUACGAUAUGGUGAGAAAGUAGAUGAGACACUGAAACUCGGUCUCAAGCAAGCUAAAGUUGUUGGCAUGUUUUCUGGAGGGCUCAAUGCAGCAUCAACCCUAUCAGUGGUCAUUGUAGUUAUUUAUGGCGCUAACUUAACCAUCAACGGUUACAUGACAACUGGUUCUCUCACAUCGUUCAUUUUGUACAGCCUUACAGUUGGGUCGUCAGUCUCUGCCUUGUCAGGACUAUACACAACUGUAAUGAAAGCAUCGGGCGCAAGCCGACGAGUAUUUCAACUUCUGGACCGUGUUUCCUCAAUGGCAAAUUCCGGGGACAGAUGCCCAACAAAUGAAAAUGAUGGGGAGGUUGAGCUCGACGAUGUCUGGUUUGCAUAUCCCUCUCGGCCUUCUCAUAUGAUUCUGAAGGGAAUAACGUUGAAGUUAACACCAGGUUCAAAGGUAGCUCUUGUUGGGCCAAGUGGUGGUGGGAAAACUACAAUAGCAAAUUUAAUUGAACGGUUUUAUGACCCUCUAAAAGGAAGAAUCUUGCUUAAUGGAGUGCCUUUGCCAGAGAUUUCACAUCAGUUUCUCCACAGGAAGGUUAGCAUUGUUAGUCAGGAGCCUGUGCUCUUUAACUGCUCCAUCGAAGAGAAUAUUGCUUACGGAUUAGAGGGCAAAGCCAGCUCUGCUGACGUUGAGAAUGCAGCUAAAAUGGCAAACGCCCACAAUUUCAUAUGCAGUUUUCCAGACCAAUACAAGACUGUAGUUGGAGAGCGAGGCAUCAGGUUAUCAGGUGGGCAGAAGCAGAGAGUCGCCAUUGCAAGAGCUUUGCUUAUGAACCCUCGAGUGCUCCUCUUGGAUGAAGCUACCAGUGCACUAGACGCUGAAAGCGAGUAUCUUGUUCAGGAUGCAAUGGACUCUCUGAUGAAAGGGAGGACCGUGCUUGUGAUAGCUCACCGGCUAUCCACCGUCAAGAGCGCCGACACCGUCGCCGUCAUCUCCGACGGCCAGAUAGUGGAGAGCGGCACGCACGACGAGCUCCUCAGCCGCGACGGCAUCUACACGGCCUUGGUGAAGAGGCAGCUGCAAGGGCCAAGGUUCGAAGGCACCAGCAACGCAACAGCCGAGAUAGAACCCAUAAGCAAUGGCCAAUAGACAAAUAUAGCCUCUUCUGCAUAGUACUUGAUUUUUGUCCCUUCUCCGGGCAGGUGGACACCGUUUCCUGAUGAUCCACUGAAUGUAAACGGAUAUGAAUGCAUCCACUCUGAAAAUGCCACGCAGUCCCGCACAACAGUACAAACACAUUCUAAUUGUCACGAGCUGCUGCUGUGUCUUACACAAUUAACUCGCUUAUUUUUUUAUAGAAUGUAAUUAUGCCUUGAUGGCGUGAUGUUGCGCGGAUGGGUAAUGACCGCAAUCAAUAUUGUGUUGCUUGAUUGCUUCUCA